AUGAAGGUCCUGGUGAUCCUGAGCUCCGUGUUGGCUGUGGCCCUGGGCAAGCCCGGCUACCUGGGUCUGAGUCUGGGGGUUCCCGCCGCCAUCCCGGUGCCCGCCGACGCCCCCGACGUGGCCGUGGCUAAGGCGGCGCAUCUGGCGACGCAGGCGGCGGAGGCGGCGCGCAACACGCUGGGCGUGCCCGUGGCCUCCAUCGUGCCCGCCGACGAGCCCCACGUGGCCGUCGCCAAGGCGGCGCACCUCAACAUCCAGGCCGCAGAGGCUGUCCGUAACACCCUGGGCGUGCCCGCCAUCGCCGCCGCUCGCUACGCCGUGGCCGCCCCCGUCAUCGCUGGACCCGCCAACAUCGUCAUCGGACCUGGCGGUGUUCCCCUGGACACUCCUGAGGUGGCCAGCGCCAAGGCCGCCCACGCUGCGGCCCACGCUCAGUCCGCAGCCCUGGCCGCCGCCACCCCAGCAGACCCCGUGUCUGGGCUGCCCCUGGCCGCUGUCUACGCUGCCGGCAUCCCCGCCAUCCACCACGCUGACGCCAUCGCCCACCUCCAGUACAAGGCGGCAGGAUGUGGCGGGGAAGACGAGGCCGGCCCGCGCUAUAUAAGCCGCCGGCCAGCCACGCACUGGGCAGGAACAGUUCAGUCCGAAGCAGCAGCCGCAGAAGACAUGAAGGUCCUGGUGAUCCUGAGCUCCGUGUUGGCUGUGGCCCUGGCCAAGCCCGGCUACCUGGGUCUGGGUCUGGGGGUUCCCGCCGCCAUCCCGGUGCCCGCCGACGCCCCCGACGUGGCCGUGGCUAAGGCGGCGCACCUGGCGACGCAGGCGGCGGAGGCGGCGCGCAACACGCUGGGCGUGCCCGUGGCCUCCGUCGUGCCCGCCGACGAGCCCCACGUGGCCGUCGCCAAGGCGGCGCACCUCAACAUCCAGGCCGCAGAGGCCGCCCGCAACACCCUGGGCGUGCCCGCCAUCGCCGCCGCCCCCGUCAUCGCUGCCGCUCGCUACGCCGUGGCCGGCCCCGUCAUCGCUGGGCCCGCCAACAUCGUGAUCGGACCUGGCGGCGUUCCCCUGGACACUCCUGAGGUGGCCAGCGCCAAGGCCGCCCACGCUGCGGCCCACGCUCAGUCCGCAGCCCUGGCCGCCGCCACCCCCGCAGACCCCGUGUCUGGGCUGCCCCUGGCCGCCGUCUACGCUGCCAGCAUCCCCGCCAUCCACCACGCUGACGCCAUCGCCCACCUCCAGUACAAGGCCGCCCUCCUCGGUUAGAGGAUCACUCCUACAAAAAGUAGUCAUGUAUCAGUCACACACUCUUGUAAAUAAACUAUACUUUACAUAAA